AAAGCUAGAUGUUAUCGAUCACUGAAAAAAAACGAAGAACCACAUUAUAUAUAUCUAGUACUCGAAGCAACAGGCGAAGUUGAAAAACACGCCUCUGUGCACAAAGCUCACUGUAAAUUAAACAAAAAAAUAGCAAGAACAAUUUAUGCCAAAAAAAUGCAAAAUCAAACACCAGGAUGUUUAGUUUUUGACGCAGGACUAUUAGUGCACCCGUCUAUGCCCUACCUGGGUGCAAGCCCUGAUGCAAAAGUGUUUGACCCAUCUGCUUAUGAAGCGUAUGGGCUAUUGGAGAUAAAAUGUCCAUUUUCAAAGAAAAACGAAACGCUCGAGCAAGCUGCAACAGACACCACAUUUUAUCUUGAGAAAAAUGGAGAUAGUUACAAACUAAAAAGGAAACAUCCAAAUGGAUACUUCUGUCAAGUUCAGGGACAAUUAGCGCUCACGGGAUUAAAAUGGUGCGAUUUCUGCGUAUACCUUUCCGAAUCUAAUGAAAUCUGA